CUCUCGGCUCCCUGUCGUUCAAUUGACUGCUGUCAGAUGGACUGUUGGCUCAAAGUAUAAAUAAAUAUAAUAUCGCUGACAUUUACUAUGACGGCAUUACUGGCUGGAAAUGCAGCGGCCUGUGUGUUCUGUCGGAUCCUGGUGGGGACCCAAAGGGCCAUCAGGCUCCGAGGGCCCCGACAGAGGCUGAACCCCCUCCCCCGGGCAGUCCGUUGCUUGCAUGGCCUCCCCCGCCGCCCCACCCGCCAGCCCGUACGCUUCUUCACCUCUCUGUCCAGGCCUCCUGUGCAGCCCUCCCUGCUCCUCCCCGGGGGCCCUGGCCUGCAGCAGCGCCGGUCAUUCUGGGUGGUCCGGCUGGCCAGUAGGGUGCUGAAGCUGCGCUACCUCGUGCUCGGCUCUGCCGUGGGGGGAGGAUACACCGCCAAGAAGACUUAUGACGAGUGGAAGGACAUGAUCCCAGAUGUAUCACAGUACAAGUGGGUUGUUCCUGAUUUUAUUCGGGACCUGAAUGACCGUAUUGAUUUAGAGAAAUUCACCAGUGUCCUUCCAAACCUGGAGGAGUUGACUAAACUGCUGCCUGACCUGGGGAAGGUCGGGGAGAACUUCUCCGUGCUCAAGGGACUCCACACAGACGGUUUAUUUUUGGGUAGUGAAGUCAAAGGAGCUUCUGGUCUGCAUCUAUUGUUAGAGUCAUCCAGAGAAACUUUUUUAAAACCCCCAGAGAGCAAAGGAUCUGAGGUCAACGACAAGCAGUAUAACAAGACCUCAGACAAGGAAAAGGUGGACCAGCUUCAAGAGGAACUCCUCCGGACUCAGAUGAAGUAUCAGCGUAUGGUGGAGCGUUUGGAGAAGGAGAAUAAAGACCUGAAGAAGGUCGUGCUGAUGAAGGAUGACAAAGGUGUUCCCCAAAGGAAGGUCAAGUCUCUCAUUGAGAUGUACUCAGAGGUGCUGGACAUCCUCUCUGACUACGACUCCAACUACAACACACAGGACCAGCUUCCCAGAGUGGUUGUGGUGGGUGACCAGAGUGCGGGAAAGACCAGUGUGCUGGAGAUGAUCGCCCAGGCUAGGAUUUUCCCUCGAGGGUCUGGCGAGAUGAUGACCAGAGCUCCGGUGAAGGUAACUCUAAGCGAAGGUCCUCAUCAUGUCGCCAUGUUCAAAGACAGUACCCGAGAGUUUGACCUUUGCAAAGAGGCCGACCUUGCUGCAUUACGCCACGAAGUUGAGAUUAGAAUGCGCAAGAGUGUUAAAGAAGGACAGACUGUCAGUCCAGAGACCAUUGCCCUCAGUGUGAGGGGUCCAGGAAUCCAGAGGAUGGUGCUGGUGGACUUGCCAGGGGUCAUCAGUACUGUGACCUCUGGCAUGGCAGCUGACACUAAGGAAGCCAUCUUUGCUAUGAGCAAAGCCUACAUGCAGAAUCCUAAUGCCAUCAUCCUCUGUAUUCAAGAUGGUUCAGUUGAUGCAGAGCGCAGCAUCGUCACAGAUCUGGUCAGUCAAAUGGACCCUCAAGGCAAGAGGACGAUCUUUGUCCUGACCAAAGUGGACCUUGCGGAAAAGAACAUGGCAAGCCCUAGCAGGAUUCAGCAAAUAGUUGAAGGCAAGCUUUUUCCCAUGAAGGCUUUGGGCUACUUCGCUGUGGUGACUGGUAAAGGUAACAGCAAUGAAAGCAUUGACACUAUCAAAGAUUACGAAGAGGAAUUCUUCCAGAAGUCCAAAUUACUCAAGAAUGGGAUGCUGAAACCUCAUCAGGUGACCACGAAGAAUUUGAGCUUGGCUGUGUCUGACUGCUUCUGGGACAUGGUUAGCGAGUCUGUGGAGCAACAAGCAGAUGCCUUCAAAGCAUCCCGGUUCAACCUGGAGACAGAGUGGAAAAACAACUAUCCUCGUCUGCGAGAACUGGACAGGAAUGAACUGUUUGAAAAGGCCAAGAAUGACAUCCUGGAUGAAGUCCUCAACUUAAGUCAGGUGUCACCUAAACACUGGGAGGAAAUUCUGCAGAAGAAACUGUGGAAGCGAGUGAGCACUCACUUCCUGGAGAACAUCUACCUGCCUGCUGCGCAGACCAUGAACUCCGGCACCUUCAACACCAUGGUAGACAUCAAACUGAAGCAGUGGACCGACAACCAGCUCCCCCACAAAUCCGUGGAGGUAGCCUGGGAAAGCCUACAGGAGGAGUUUGCCCGGUUCAUGUCUGAGCACCGGGGCAAGGACCAAGAUGACAUCUUCAAUAAGCUAAAAGAGGCUGUCAGGGAAGAGAGCAUCAAGCGGCACCAGUGGAACGAGGAAGCGGAGGGCAGCCUGAGGGUGAUCCAGCACAAUGCCCUGGAAGACCGCUCCAUCAGCCAGAAGGCCGAGUGGGAUGCUGCCAUCCAGUUCAUGGAGGAGACCCUGAGGAUGCGACUGAGAUAUACGGAGGAGAUCAUUCGAGGCAUGGUGGGCCCCAACUGGAAGGAGAGGUGGCUGCGCUGGAAGAGCCGAUCCUCAGAGCAGUGUGUCCACAACGAAACGCAGCGCGAGCUGGAGCGCCUGCUAAAGCUGCACGAAGACCACGCAGCAUACCUGGCCACCGAUGAGGUCACCACCGUCCGCAAGAACCUGGAGAGCCGCGGCGUGGAUGUGGACCCCUCGCUGAUUAAGGACACGUGGCACCAGCUUUUCCGACUCCACUUCCUACAGAGGGCGCUGGCGCACUGCAGCCUGUGCAAGCGAGGCUUCUACUACUUCCAGCAGAACUUUGAGGACACUGAGCUGGACUGCAAUGAUGUGGUCCUAUUCUGGCGCAUCCAGAGGAUGCUGGGAAUCACGGCCAACACGCUUAGGCAGCAGCUCACCAAUACAGAAGUGCGGCGUCUGGAGAAGAACGUGAAGGAAGUAUUGGAAGACUUUGCCGAGGACAGUGAGAAAAAGGACGACCUGAUCACGGGCCGCAGAGUGCAGCUGGCCGAGGAGCUCAAGAAAGUACGAGAAAUUCAGGAGAAGCUUGAAGCCUUCAUUGAAGCCCUUCGCCAGGAGAAGUAGAGCAAUGCAGCACCUUCAGUCCCAUGGAUCAACAAAAUAAGAACUGCUCUUGGAGGACAAGCUGGUCCCUGACACACCUUCACAAAUUACAGUCCACCUGUUUAUGAUUGUUCUGUUUGAUUUUAGCAAGAUUGGUGGCUUUGUUUAACAAACCAAAAUUUCAGCUACCCUUGGCGUGUGUGUAAACUGACGGCCAAGUUUGUGCCCAGGUAGCUCACGGUCUUCUCUCUCUUGACGCCUCUCACUGGGCCUGUUGGGCUGCACAGGCGUUGCUCCUGGGCUUUGAGCCUUUGGAGAAGUUCAUCAUCACCUAGUGAUGGUCAAGAGAAACACUAAACUAUUGCAGUACAAGGGGACGCUCUGGUGUAUUUAUAAUACAGUUUUGCUCAUAUAUCUGCUGUUCCCAACUGAUAGAACCUUAUACCCAUUGGCCUUAAACCAGAAACAUGUUCUUGACUUGUGGGGAUGCUGCUUCCUGUCCAGUGUUGUUUAGCUAUUAGCCAUUUUUGUGCCAUUGGCAUCGGUCCUUAUAUUGGUGUAUCCCAUGCUUUACAAAAACUACUCUCUGCAGGAACACGGGACUUGAUUCAUCAUCCUGUUGAUAAUAUGGUGUUAGCCAAAAGCAUAGUGUCUUCUGUUUCUGACACUUAACACUUGACCACUUUGGAAAUGGGGGACUUAAACACUCAUUUAAUCCAGAUGCAGGCCACCCCCUCUCUGCUGACAUAUAUGUUUAUAGAUAAUAUAUAUUUGGGAAUCAUAUGUUGUGUGUUGUGUGAACAUGUUAUCUCCAGGUUUGCACAUAUGCUCUCCUGUUUAAGGAAUGAUGGCUUUGAAAAAUUGCACUUUCUCUUUUUCCAUUGUAGCACUUGUGACACUCUCCAGAUUAUUUCAAGAGGGAGAAAUACCAUAAAUACCAUACCAUUGUUCUUCUUCUUUCCGCUUGGACAUUUUGAUCUGAUACCGAGAGGUGGUCUUUGCUUCUCUGGCUGUUGCCCAUUUUUUUGCCAAGGAGGUUAGGGUGUCAGGUCACUUGGUGCCGUACACCUCCACUCGUCAAAGGGCAGUCCCUCCCUGGCAAAGUGUGGAAGAUUUAAUUCUUCAUAUUACAGUAUUCCAUCUUCGAUUUCUUAUGCCUUGCAUGUCAUGGUCCAUUGGUCUUAUUUAUUACUUGAUUGUACCACAGAAUGGGUACGCGAUUGGAUGUUAAAUAAAGUGAUUUAUUAUUUUUUUCUUUUCUAUGCAGUCCCACUGGCAUGUGUGUCUGUCUCUAGGCUGUCACUUGGACAGGGCUCCCACCCAUUGGCCCUUCACUAUUACAGCUGC